AAAAGGUCAAGUCUUUAGAGUAAAAAUGUAAUGACUUUAGUUUUUUCUUUUGCCUUUUUUUGGUGCAAGUCUUCUUGUCUGUUUUUAUACUCUCUAAUUUCUCACAAUAAUGAAAAAGUUAAACAUUUUAUGAGUUGAAAUAGGAAGAUGAUAAGAAGUUCCUCAUAAAGACUAGGAAUAGUGAAAAUGGUGAAGUCUUGUUCUUUAAUAUUAAACUGGAAAUUUGUCUUUGUCUUUUCUUUCUUUUUGACCAGGUUGGUCAACUCCCAUGUUUCACUCUUUUUGACCAAAUUAUGCAUUUACAUAGCUGAGAAAUAUUUAUCUUUAUUAAGCAGCAAAACUGAUAUAUUUUCUCAUCAUAUACCUAAAGCUGAGAAGUUGCCUGUUAGUCUUUAGCAAUAUUCUUCAACAAUGUCUCAUGCCUCUUCUUCCAAAAUUUGCAAGUACGAUGUCUUUUUGAGUUUUAGAGGUGAAGAUACACGUAGAAACUUUGUGAGUCAUCUCUAUAAUGCUUUGGAACAAAGAGGAAUCCGCACUUUUAAAGAUGAUGAGCGACUAGAAACGGGAAAAUCAAUUUCUGAUGAACUUUUGAAAGCCAUACAAGAGUCUAAAUUUGCUAUAGUGAUAUUUUCCAAAAGCUAUGCAUCAUCAAAAUGGUGUUUAGAGGAGCUUGCACACAUCAUAAAGUGUAAAAAGGAAUUGGAGCACAUUGUGAUUCCAGUCUUCUAUGAUGUGAGUCCAUCAGAUGUGCGCCAUCAACAUCCCCCUUUUGCUGAUUCAUUUUUACAACAUGAGGAAAAAUGCAAAGAUGAUAAGGAGAAGGUUCAGAGAUGGAUGGGUGCAUUUGCAGAGGCUGGGAAAAUAUCGGGGUAUCAUUUACAAAAUUUCAAGGAUGAGGCUGAGUGCAUCAAGAAGUUAGUUGAUGACAUAUUUCCCAAAUCACUUCAAAUUAUUUCACCUUUCCCGGAAAGUUUAGUGGGUAUAAAAUCUCAGGUUGAGAAAGUAACCUCAUUAUUAGAUAUGGAAUCAAAUGAUGUUCGCUCUAUCGGAAUUUGGGGUAUGGGCGGCAUCGGCAAGACAGAAAUUGCAAAUAGUCUACAUCAAAGAUACCGCCAUCAAUUUGAAGCUGAUUGUUUUCUUGGUGAUGUUGGAAAACUUCAUCAGAAAAAUGGACUAACAUGGCUACAAGAAGUCGUCAUUUGCAAGCUCUUGGGUGAAAAAUUGACUCUAACUAGUGAGCAUGAAGGGAUGAAUAUUUUAAAGAAUAUGCUUCGCUGGAAGAAAGUUCUGUUCAUCCUCGAUGAUGUAAACCAUCAAGAACAGUGGAAAUUUUUAGUUGGAGGGACAGAGUGGUUUGGUAGGGGUAGCAAAAUUAUUUUAACGGCAAGAGACAAGCACUUGUUAAUCAGUCACGUUGGGGAUAACGUGUAUGAAGUCCAACUAUUAUCGGAGGAUGAAGCACUUGAAUUGUUCAGUAGGCAUGCUUUUAGAGAAAAAUCACCAAAAGAAGAUUGUAUGGAACUUUCAAGACAAGUGGUGAACCAUGCUGGUGGACUCCCUUUAGCUCUUAAAGUUUUGGGUUCUUCAUUUUACGGACGAGACAAAAAGCACUGGAGACACAUAAUUGAUCGGCUGAAGAGAAUCCCUCACAAGGAUAUUCUAGGAAAGCUUAGGCUUAGUUUUGAUGGUCUGGACAAAGAUGAGAAGGAGUUAUUUCUAGAUAUUGUAUUUCUGGAUAUUGCAUGCUUGACUAGAUAUGAUUUUCAUCUUUGUGCGGAACUAGUGCUCAGAGACGUGGGUCAGGAUUUUCUAAUAGAUUACCUUAUUGAAAAAUCUCUGUUAUCCAUCAACAUAAGUAACAGUAUCGUGAUGCAUAAUAUGAUAAGAGAAAUGGGUGAAAAUGUCAUACGGGAAGAGUACGAUAACAGCAGAAUAUGGCUUCCCGAGGAGAUUUGUGACCUUUUUAAAGGAAAGUUGAUAACAGAAAAGGUGGAAAGCCUAUGUAUCCCAAAAGAUUACUAUUUUGAAGAUGAUUUUCUCAAUAAUAGCAAUAUUUUCAAGAGGAUGCAAAGCUUAAAAAUACUCAUAGUUGGUGAUGGAACUUUUAGCUCGAACUGCGCUAUCACUUAUUUUCCCUCCAGCUUGCGGCUUAUUGAUUGGCCGGGGUAUCCUUCAAUUUCAUUGCCAGAGAGCUUUGAACCUUCACAGCUCGUGGUGCUUUGUUUACAUAGAAGUUGGCUUGUUGAACUUUGGCCAAUAUCAAAGAAAUUGAGCAACUUGAAGCAUUUGGAUCUCAUGAACAGCUGUGAGUUAAGAAAAACCCCUAAUUUUGGUGAUGUGCCAAACUUGGAGACACUAAAUUUACACGGGUGUGUGAAUUUGGAAGAGGUCCAUCCCUCUUUUGGACAUUGCAGACUGCUUACUUAUUUGAGUUUGGAAGGUUGUCGCAAACUUAAGAAGCUUCCAAAAUUUGUCUGCGUGGAAUCUCUUGAGACUCUCAAUCUCAUUGAAUGCACAAGCUUAGAAGAAUUUCCAGAAAUCUGUGGAGAUAUGCCGCGCUUAUCAAUACUCUAUGUAAACUCCCCGUGGAUAAGAAGCUUACCUCCAUCUUUCAGCAGCCUUAGAAAUUUGCAAUUGACUGAGUGUGAAGUUCUUGAAAGUAUUCCGGACACCAGUCAAAAUCUUAGAAAUCUCAGUAUUUCAGGUUGCAAUAAAGUUGCAACACUGCCAAACAGCCUCUUUGAAUCACAGCAAUUGGGAUGUCUUGGUAUAUACCGAUGUUCUGGAUUGGUAAAUCUCCCCAUAUCUCUUGGAGUUCAAAAGAAGCUCUGUUUGUUAGAGAUAGAUGGAUGUGAGAACUUAAAGAAGCUUCCAAGCUCGAUUCAGAUGAAAUCCCUUCAAAAGCUCAAGAUAUCUAAUUCCCCAAAAUUAGAUACAUUUCCAGAAAUCGACGGAGAUAUGCAUUACUUGACACAGCUGACUCUGAAUUCUACUGGGAUAAGAGAAGUGCCUUCAUCCAUUGGGCAUCUAAGAGGCCUCGAAUAUCUCUAUCUGUCAGGUUGUGAAGACCUUCUAAGUCUACCAGACAGCCUCUGCAAUUUGAUGAAACUUCAAUGUCUUUACCUCGACGGGUGCAAAAAGCUAGAGAUGCUUCCAGAAAACAUUGGUGAUUUGCAAGAUUUGCAUAUACUUGAUGCGAGCGAAACUGCAAUCUCCCAACCACCUCCCUCCAUCACUAAGCUUGGCAAACUGUGGAAGUUACGAUUCUCACAUGAACAACAAUUUCCACAUUCCUCAAGUUUUGUCUUGAAUCAAGUAUCAGGUUUAUCCUCCUUGACAUCACUUGAUCUUAAUAAUCACAACAUAUUGAGUGGACUUCCUGAGGAUUUAGGAUCUUUGCACUCUUUGGAAAAUUUGAAUGCAAGUGGAAGCAAUAUUUCUUGUUUACCAAAAAGCUUCAAAGGACUCUUACACCUUCAGCAUCUGAACGUACAAUUCUGUCAGAAUCUUAAUGAACUGCCAGGAGAGCUACCCCCAAAUUUAAGGGAGCUAUUUGCUGAUUAUCAUCUAGCCUUGAAGAGCAGCAAAAAUCUCAUAAUUUGUUGUCUUAAGCUGUGUAGGCUCGCAAUAUCCGACUAUGGAACUGUCUCUAGUGAACAAGUUAAUGUGUUCCUACAGCAUUUUCUCAGGACAUGCAUCCAGUGUGACUUCCACCAAAGGGCUUGUUUUAUCAUUUCUUUUCCCGGAGUCAGAAUUCCAGAGUUGUUCGAUUAUGAUCGGUUUAAAAAUCAAAAUGAGAUCUCAAUUGAGCUGAACCCAUCUUGGUAUACUGAUAAAUUCAUGGGUUUUUGGAUAAGUUACGGUCCUACUAAACUGGACACAAGAUUAGAGGCUACAUUGGUCUGCAAGUCUGACCCUGAAAGAAAAUAUUCCUUGGAGUAUAACUACAUCCCUGAAUAUUCGAGGUUCGAGUAUCCUUUCAUUUGUUGUGCCUACAUACCAUUUGAAACAUUGUGGCAUGCUUCUGACAAUAAAGAAGGGAAGAACCCAAAUGAUUAUUACAUGUUGGAGGUAUCUGAAGUGUACAGGGAGGAAGAACUAUGCUGGGGAAUUCGCCUGGAGUAUGAAAAGGAAGCAAUGAGUGAUGCAAAGGUCUGUUUAUGACUUGUUUUACAUCACAAAUUUCAAAUAUUUUUCUGUCUUUCUUAAAUUUUGUAUUCAACCAAACAUGUAUCAUAAAAUGGUAUGGGAAGUGUAUGUUCUACAUUGUUGGUACAAUUUGUAUGUACCCUUCUCAAAUGAAAAUUAAUUAU